UGUUAGCACUGUCUCUGACAUUUGCUUUUUAAAUGACAGACCUUGAUUUGGGGACCAUAGGACUGUAUUUCCAUAAUUAGUUAGAAUUCUGCUUUUAGCCUCCUGGGACAGCAUGGCUUAUUAUUUUGGUGCAUUCUCUGAAGGUUAUCACCCUGUGGUGAAGAUAUGACUUAUUUGAAGAAAACCGGGUUAAAUCAGAGAAAACUUGAAAUAUGAGAUCGAAAUGUGGUCGGACUGGAAGACGGAGAAAGAAUAAAGCAGAGCAUGGAUCCAAUGCAAGUGGAGAGAGUCGGAGCCAUCAAUAUGAGUACAUACAGUUGUGCAAGUGGCUGAAAGAGAGAGGAUUUCAGAACAACUACCUACGGCCAGUAGAAUUUACAGAUACAGGACGAGGGUUGGCGACAACACAAUCGCUACAGCCUGGUGAGCUGAUUAUUUCUUUGCCGGAAAAAUGCUUGAUCACCACAGACACUGUCCUUCACAGUUACCUUGGGAAAUAUAUCAAAAGAUGGAGCCCGCCGGUUUCUCCUCUGCUGGCUCUCUGCACUUUCCUAGUCACGGAACGUCAUGCUGGUCACAAGUCCUGUUGGAAGCCAUAUCUGACCUUGCUACCAAAUAGCUACAGCUGUCCUGCUUACUGGGAAGAUGAUAUAGUGUCAUUUUUACCUCAACCUGUCAAACAAAAAGCCAUGGAACAGAAGACUGAACUUCAUGAUUUUUACAUGUCUUCCUUGCCUUUUUUUAAGUCACUACAACCUCUGUUUGGUGAAAACAUUGACAAUAUUUUGACCUAUGAAGCCCUACGAUGGGCUUGGUGUACAGUCAAUACUAGAACUGUGUAUAUGAAGCAUGAGCAGAAGGACUGCUUCUCAUCAGAUAAAGACAUCUAUGCGUUGGCUCCAUACUUGGACCUGUUGAAUCACAGCCCAGGGGUACAGGUCGAGGCUGCUUUCAAUUUAAAGAACCGGAGUUACGAGGUUAGGACUAAUGUCAGUUGUAGGAAAUAUGAGCAGGUGUUUAUAUGUUACGGACCUCACGAUAACCAGCGGCUCCUUCUUGAGUAUGGCUUUGUGGCCCUUAGCAAUCCUCACCAAAGUGUUUAUGUAACAAAAGAAGUCCUCCUUCGGCAAGUCUCUUGCAAAGACAAACAGAUGGUGAAAAAGUUCUCCCUUUUGCAUGAGAACAGCUUUCUAGAGAAUCUAACAUUUGGAUUAGACGGUCCAUCCUGGAGGCUUCUAACAGUCGCAAAGUUACUGUGUCUUGGGUCCGAGGAAUUCAUGUGUUGGAAGAAAGUGCUCCUGGGAAAUGUAAUUUCUGUGUCCAAUGAACACUCUGGAUUAGAACUGGUGAGAAAAACCUGCCUCCACCUUCUGGAGGAAACCUCACUCAUCCUGAAAGAGAUUUCUUCUUUUACAAGUAAGAACAUAUUAGUGGAAAAACACUUGGCUUUAGUUGAGGCCUUAAGGUUGGAUGAACUGAAAAUUCUUCAAACAUCAGCAGAUAUCUUAGAGAAUAUGCAUCGUGCUUCUCGGUGAAGAGAAAUUCAGAUUAUGGAAAAUAUGUGUGUGG